GCAAGGAGGCGGAUGUUGUUAUUAGCUUCAGCGAUGGAUGCGAAAAUCCAGUACUACACACAUUUGGAUGUUGUGAAGACAGUAAUGGGCUAAGAUCUACAUUAUCUGCAUUUAAAAUGGCGAGAGACAGAAAGUGCAUCCUCUGUGAAACAGUCUACAUCUCCAAGCAGGAGAUGGAUGAGCACAUGAGAAGCAUGCUCCACCACCGUGAGCUGGAGAAUCUCAAAGGCCGGGACUGCGGACAUGAGUGCAGAGUGUGUAAGGUAAAGGUGGUGGGCCUGACUGAUUAUGCCAGCCACAUUUCCAGUCCCACACACAAGCAAAAGGUGGAGGCUGCCGAUCGAAAGCCUGCUGGGCACGACCAUGAAGAAGACUACUUCGACCAGGAAUUGGUGGACUUGAUUGAAAAGAGAAAAGAGAAGAUCAGAAAGGAGAAGGAGGCUGCUGCUGCUGCUGCAAAGCUAGCCAAAGAGGAAGAGGAACGAAGGAGAAAGGAGGAGUUUCAGCAGAGGUUGAGGGAAGCAAAAGAGCGUUACUGCUUACAGGGUGGCUGGCAGCAGCCGGGGCAGGGAUUUGGUGGGUCCAGCCACAACAGGUCUUUGUACAGAAGCAACCGGUAUGGCUCUAGAGCAGGGGACACACAACCCUGGAACCAGAGGAAACCGGGAACGAGUGCCACCUGGCAUGCUCAGGAGCCCCCCAACUUAGAGAAGUGGGCAGCUGGAGAUUUUGCUGGUAGAAGUUCAUAUAGUCAGGAAGCUCGGAGCAACAAGACAUGGGGUCAUUGUGCAUUUUCUGGCAGACAUGAAAAUCGAUUUCCUUGGCUCAGCAAUGGAGGCAGUAAAAAUGGGCUCUAUGGCCAAAACAAUAUUUCCCAGUACACUCAAAAGAGCCGGCCAUUGAGCCUAUUUGGACCUCCUCAUAUGUAUCCAGCUCCGCCUGUCUCUUUGACCCAGGCUGUUAAUCGGUUUCAGAAUAAAGGUAAUGGCCAACCAGGGCAGGUCAGUGUUGAGCUACAGAAGGGGGAGGGCCAACCAGCAGAAUCUGACAACAGCAGUAAAAGCUCCAAGACUUUUGGCAGUAAUCCAAAGAUGGAUAAAACCUGUCGUUGGUCACCCUAUCCAGUGAAGAGUUUUGAAUCUGUGCCUCAUAAAGAUACCAGUCCAAAAUCAUCUGAGGAGUACCCAAGAGCACCCAAACCUCAAAAGCAAAACAACGCACCAGAAACCAGUGGUUUUAAUGGGCAGUCACGACCUGAACAGGAAUCGAGUCUUUUGGCCUUAAGUAGACAAAGUGUAGAAGAAAAAGGGAGGCAUAAAACAAACCGUGCAGUCAAACCCAGAGAUGGAAGCAGUAGUAGCAGUAGAAGCAGCAGUUCGCAGAGAGAUGGUCACCAGAACUCAGCAUCUAAUUUGUCUAGUCAGAAAGCAAAUAAGGCAUUGCAACACGUAGAUCGGAAAAUGUCCUCAGUUCCUGGUAUCGGUAGUGGAGCUCAUCUCAGUAAGAUCUCCAGUCAGGCUCAAGCACAGUCAAAACAAACUGGAAUAAAGAAUGCAGUCAAGGCUCCACAGACUGGGCUCCUUCAGUCAAGCCCACCACAGAAGCUCCUAGAAUCAUUCAAGCAAGCCAGACAGGUUGUGUUAGAAAAGAAGGGCUCUUUGAAUACCUUUGGUAAUAACACAGUGGAAAUGGCACAGCACACUGUGGAGGAACAGCAAACGAAUCAGGUACAGAGUCAGAUUGGAAUGCACAAAGAAAACAGCUGCAGGCAGAAUGGAGCUAAAUCGAUGUUUCCUGAUGCAGUCAGGCCAGAAAAGCUUCCUUUGACAUCUUCAGAGAGCAGCCAGUUUCUCCAGUCACUGCAAGUUAGCACCUCUACUGUGGAGACCUCUAAGCUGGCAGUAUCAGACAGGGAUUAUAAAGAGAACAGUAAGAAGGAGGAAAAGCAAACGUGCUCAGUUGUCCCAGAUGAGACCAUGGAGGUUACUGAGGCAGGGCAGAGCUCAGAGAGUGACACCUCUAGAAGUGGUGAAGCGCAAACACACACGUCAAGUCUGUCCAAAUUUGACCUACCUCCAGUCUUAAAACGUGACCUCACCAAACACAUCAGCUCCAAGUGCAAAACAGUUGGCCACGAGCCCAACCUGAACAUUGCCAGACGGGUGCGUAACGUGAGCGAGUCGCGAAGAAGUGACACCGAAAAGGAUUCGGGGCUUAAGCCAACUGUACGGCAGCUCAUCAGCUCUUCUGGGUCUCGGCGCAAUGUGAACUGGGAACAGGUGUAUCAGGAGGUCAGGAAGAAACAAGACAAGGGGAAAGGCAUGCCAAGAUUUGGGAUAGAGAUGGUUCCAAAUGAACAGGAGUACCAGAGCCAAGAGGAGGGUGACAUACCGCUGCUGGAGGGUUUCCAGUGGGAGUCAUUGAUGGAUAUCUCUUACCCCACCCGAAAACGCUCCUUAUCGGAGAGCAGCCUCGCUCCUGCAUCCACACACACCCUGUUUUCAUCCCUUAUAUCAAAGGAAAUGUCACAGAGAGAAAGCCUCAACUCAGAGCAGCAGGGAUCUACAUUUCCCAACCACACAUCUCAAGGAAAUCAAGAUAGUCAUUCUCAGCCAGAGGUUGGACAGAUACUUGUUCAGUUUGAGGCCAAAGCACUGAACCAGCCAGACAAUCUAACAUCAGACCUCCAGCCUUCUGACUCACUGCUCGGGGACAGCAGUUCAGGGACGGAGCAGUGUGAUGGUCUGGGAACAGGAAAGAGGCGGAGAGCAGCCAGAGAUUCUUUACAUACAGAGUCUUCUUGCAUAGAACACAAUAGCAAAAGACAGAAGGUCAAAUCCAAAAGAGAACGUUCACAUAUUGACCAGCUCCUGGCAGUGUCUCUGCGGGAGGAAGAACUGAGUCGCUCCCUGCAGACUGUGGACACCAGCCUGAUCCAGGCUCGGGCUGCACUGGAGGCCGCCUACAUGGAAGUGCAGCGUCUCAUGGUGGUUAAACAGCAGAUGACUGUAGAGAUGAGCACAUUAAGAAACAAGCGGAUUGAGUUAUUAAAAGGGAUGCAAGGUACGAUGGAGGAAACACCUCAAAUCAAACUGAAAGAAGAAAAGAUGGAUUCGUUCGAAACUGAGGCUCACACACCAUCCUCUGCCACACUUUCCUCUGUUGUGGAAACAGCUGCCCGUAGUCCUAAUCAUGCUGCAGAGUGCGGCUCUCCUCCCUCAUCCAGCCUUCCCUUCAUGUCCGUAGCCAUCAAACAGGAGCCCUUGUCCCCUGUUCAUGUCAGCUCAGAGCCGGACCCUGCAAACAUUUUGAGCAACUGUGCUCAUAGCACCACUCCAGAGCUGCCGAUCGCUCCUGCCAAAGCCUCCUCACCAGAUGUUUCUAUCGGUUUCAUGGCCUCUCCUGAAAGAAAUCCUGAGCUGUACCAAACUAACUUUGGAGAGCCUGCAGACUGCAAGGAGAAGUUGCCAACACUUGUUGAGACAACAGAGAAGGCCAUACAGGCAACAAGGAACUGCCUCACCUCUUUGCCUGACUCAAAAAGCCCCCUGAAGCCUCUCUUAACCAAUAGAGACUCUGAGGUUAAUGACUGUGCAGGCAUUCCGUCCUUUAAGUUCCCAUCAGCACCCUCGGUCCUUAAUAUGUCUGCCUCUCCAUCAGAGCUGAGGACUGGUAAGCGUGUGAGGAAGCUGAAGAAGAGGAAGUCAUUGAAGAAGGCUCAGGGGACGGAGCAGCUUGAAAGCAGUGACACUGAGAUGGAUGAAGAGGCCUCACGGCCGAGAUGGCCCCGAACGCGCAGGAGACCCAGUGGAGGCUCUCAGGUCAGUACAUCCAGUCUCCCUACAGAAGACAGAGAGGCUGACAUGAACACAGAGGGUGAUAAGAAGGCACUCAAGAGGCUGUUUCCAAGUAUCAAACUAGAGAAGGCAGAACUAAAGUCCCCAACAGAGCUUCUCCAAGAGGCCCCCGCCGAUCUCACACUGCAUUUGGAUUUAGAGGAAAACAUGGAAAUCACCGCUGCCGGACAGCAGCCCCAAGUGGAUGUUCAAGUUCCAGCUCCCCAUCCAGCCCCAUUCCCAGACUCCCCCAGACCUGAGCCACAGAGCCUGGCCUGCAACGAGGUGUCUUCCACGAGUGACAUGGAUUUGUGUAAAUCAUCUGAGAGUGACAUGCCGUUUGCCAUCACUCUGCCCAAAAACUCAUCAGAUGCAUCAUCUGAUCAUGGUGAAGAUGAGAUGCCCACUGAGGGGGUGAUUGAGGGCCACCAGGAGGCGGUGAACGCCAUGCAGAUCCACAACGGGCUGCUGUACACGUGCUCAGGAGAUCGAACUGUCAAAGCCUUUGACCUGGUGAGUCAUAAAUGUGUGGGUACGUUCGAGGGUCACAGCUCCAAAGUGAGCUGCCUGUUGGUAUCGGCAGCUCCGAGCCUGCAUCAUCGCCUUUAUUCUGGUUCCAGUGACCAGAUCAUCCGUUGCUACAGUCUCAGGACACGGGAACUCGAGCAGCAGUUCUCUCUGUCGGACCGUGUCCUCUGCCUACACAGCCGCUGGAAAACCUUGUACGCUGGUCUAGCGAAUGGCACAGUGGUGACCUUUAACCUUAAGACAAACAAGCAGAUGGACGUGUUUGAGUGUCACGGGCCGCGGGCCGUGAGCUGUCUGGCCUCAUCGCAGGAGGGAGCCAGGAGGAUCCUGCUGGUGGGCUCCUACGACAGCACCAUCAGUGUGAGAGACGCCAAGAACGGAUUGCUGUUGCGCACUCUGGAGGGACACACCAAAACUGUGCUCUGCAUGAAGGUGGUCAAUGACCUUGUAUUUAGUGGAUCCAGUGAUCAAUGUGUGUACGCACACAACAUCCAUACAGGUGAGCUGGUACAGGUUUAUAAGGGCCACAGUCAUGCUGUUACUGUAGUGGCCAUCCUGGGGAAAGUGAUGGUGACCGCCUGCCUGGACAAACUGGUCCGUGUCUACGACCUGCAGUCUCAUGACCAACUGCAGGUCUAUGGAGGACACAAGGACAUGGUGAUGUGUAUGGCUAUCCACAAGAACAUGAUCUAUACAGGCUGCUAUGAUGGCAGCGUGCAGGCAGUGAAGCUGAACCUAAUGCAGAACUACCGCUGCUGGUGGCAUGGCUGUUCGCUGGUCUUCGGGUUGAUGGAGCAUCUGCAGCAGCACCUGAUCAACGACCACACCGGACCCAACUUUCAGACGCUCAAGUGCCGCUGGAAAAACUGUGAAGUGCUUUUCUGUGCACGCAACACCUCCAAGCAGGGAAUGCUGGUGCACAUGCAGAAACAUGCUGAGGAGGACACUGGAGUGGAGCCUUAAAGCUUCUGGUGGGAACAUCGUUUCUCCCUGAGCCCUCUCUCCCUUACUGUAAUCUUUAUUACCCUAAUGUUGCCCUCCCAUAUUGGGAGGCAUGUUCUCGGGACCCACUUAUCUUUAGCAGCGCUCUCGUCGAGCCUGACAAGUGCUGUCUGACAACUCCAUCCUUUAUGUUCCGUGUUGGAAUCCAACCAUACUACAGUUACAAAAAGGAGGGUUGGUUGUGCUGUUAUUAUUUUUUUUUUUAAACUUUCUACAAAACACGCCUUCCCCUUUUACCGUCUGACCACUGCAGUUCCUCUUAUUACUGACCAAAGAAAGACAAAGAAACACGUGACUUUUGUUUAUUGAAGAAACUUCAGCGUGGCCGGUACCCGAGGGAUUUGUUACGCUUUUCCGAUGAAACAAUUUUCAUCUUCCAGAUUGGUUGGCUGCCACAUGGCAUGGAUUAAGAGAUGUUUUUAUUGUUGUGCAGUUGUGAAGUGUCACGUUGAGCAACCUGUAGUAUUAAGUUGCCAUUAUACACUCACAUAAGUGACAUACUGUUUAUGACAAUAAGCGAUUUAAACUUUUUUGCAAAUUCUUGGUGUAGUCUCUGAGGUCAUGUUUAAGAGUGUAAUUUUUGUUUUGCGGGAGUUUAACUGAAAACUUAAUUAUUUAUGGUUUGGUUUUUAUUUUCCAAAACAAAAAAAAAAUAGACCCAAGUUCUAACAGUCUCCUUGGGUUAUUAGGAUUACAUUUAUUUAUUUGUUGUUGCUCAGUCAAGUAAUAGUGUGUUAAUAGGGACUGUGUUGAAGGAUUUGUCAUUUGAGAAUUGACAUUUGCAGUGAAAACAAAGCCGAUACAUGGAUGUGGUGUGUGUGCGUUAAUCUGUGGAUUAGUUCCUUGUCAUUGUUGACAGUGUUUUAAUCGUGUCUGGUGAUUCUCGUUUUCUAAGCGUGAGUGUGAGGUGCUGUUUUUGUGUCAUAUUCUUGUGGAUUUAUUUUGUAUUUGGCAAGUCAAGCAGAAGGUACCAGAGCUGUAUUUUAUUUCAAUUUUUUCUAGUUUUCUAAUAAAGUGUGGAGGCAAAGGAUGUUUAAAGGAGGUGUUCGAUGGAAGAUCUUGAAGGGAAGAUUUAGGAUUCAUCUCCCAUGCCAUACUUCACCCUCUUGAAAACAGGCAACUGAAUCUGCUUUUAUUAAAAGCCCAGUUGAUGUUCUCUUUGGAAGACUUGGUUUGCAGCUCGCCUGGUUGCAUUCUCUUUUCGAGGAUUUGCUCUUAGCCGAAUUAACCUGACGUUCUCGCAGCCGACAUCUUCAAAUUUCUCCUCUCUCACUCGUUAUUUAUGACAGAGAAAAGCGUGCACUUCACCUCUUACCUGGCAUUCCUGAGUUUCUUCAAGUUUUUCUGUUGCUGUCGAAGUUGAGAUGUUUUUUAAGAAAG